GUACCGGAAGCGGUACCUUGGGAGGCCGGCGGGAGCGGCCGCAACGUGUAGUCUGUGCGGCGCUGGGAGCACUUCCCCAGGGUUCUGGGCUAGGAAGGCGGUGGCUACGUGCCUCCUCACCUACCCCUGGCGGGGUCUGCAGGCCUAGCAGCGUGGGGCGGCGGCGGCGGCGGCGGCGGCGGGGGCUGGGAGCGUUGGCCGCCGGGGUCCCAGCCAUGGCCGAGUCCGUGGAGCGGCUGCAGCAGCGGGUGGAGCAGCUGGAGCGGGAACUGGCACAGGAGAGAAGUCGGCGAGCUGUGGGGGGCGGCGACGGAGGAGGCGGCCGGGUCCGCAUCGAGAAGAUGAGCCCGGAGGUGGUGGACUCCAACCCCUACAGCCGCCUGAUGGCAUUGAAACGAAUGGGAAUUGUAAGCGACUAUGAGAAAAUUCGAACCUUUGCUGUAGCAAUAGUAGGUGUUGGUGGAGUUGGUAGUGUGACUGCCGAAAUGCUGACAAGAUGUGGCAUUGGUAAGGUAAAAACAUUUCUCUUUGCCUGUCAUAAUGGGAAACUACUCACUUCUGGAGUAAAUCAGUUGCUACUCUUUGACUAUGACAAGGUGGAACUGGCCAAUAUGAAUAGACUUUUCUUCCAGCCUCAUCAAGCAGGAUUAAGUAAAGUUCAAGCAGCUGAAUAUACUUUGAGGAACAUUAAUCCUGAUGUUCUUUUUGAAGUACACAACUACAAUAUAACCACAGUAGAAAACUUUCAACAUUUCAUGGAUAGAAUAAGUAAUGGUGGAUUAGAAGAGGGAAAACCUGUUGACCUAGUUCUUAGCUGUGUGGACAAUUUUGAAGCUCGGAUGACAAUAAAUACAGCUUGUAAUGAACUUGGGCAAACGUGGAUGGAGUCUGGGGUCAGUGAAAAUGCAGUUUCAGGGCAUAUACAGCUCAUAAUUCCUGGAGAAUCUGCUUGUUUUGCGUGUGCUCCACCACUUGUAGUUGCUGCAAAUAUCGAUGAAAAGACUCUGAAACGAGAAGGUGUUUGUGCAGCCAGUCUUCCUACCACUAUGGGAGUGGUUGCUGGGAUCUUAGUACAAAAUGUGUUAAAGUUUCUGUUAAAUUUUGGUACUGUUAGUUUUUACCUUGGAUAUAAUGCAAUGCAGGAUUUUUUUCCUACUAUGUCCAUGAAGCCAAAUCCUCAGUGUGAUGACAGAAAUUGCAGGAAGCAGCAGGAAGAAUAUAAGAAAAAGGUAGCAGCACUGCCCAAACAGGAGGCUGCUCAAGAAGAGGAAGAGAUAAUACAUGAAGACAAUGAAUGGGGUAUUGAGUUGGUAUCCGAGGUUUCAGAAGAGGAACUGAAAAAUUCCUCAGGUCCGGUUCCUGACUUACCGGAAGGAAUUACAGUGGCAUACACAAUUCCUAAAAAGCAAGAAGAUUCUGUAGCUGAGGUCACUGUGGAAGAUUCUGGUGAAAGCUUGGAAGACCUUAUGGCCAAGAUGAAGAAUAUGUAGAUAAUGGACUGACCUAUAUUUUAUUUCCUGAGGUUAAGCCUAUUCCCUUGCAAUUAAAAAAAUCAUUUAAAAACUGACAGAAUUUAGGGCAACAUUAAUUGAUACAUAAUCUUCACAGAAUUGUUUUACUUCUUGAAUAUAAUGUUGUUUGGAGCUUUUUUCCCUUCAACUAAAUCAGUAAUUCCUAAAACUCAUGUUUCAUUCUAGUUAAGAAAACUUGAAAACUUAGCCACUGAAAUGCUUUGGCCUUUUGGGAGGGGUGGGAAGAAAGGACCAAUAUGAUGCUAUAUUUGUUUUCCUUCCAGUAAUCCUUUGUGGUCUGUUGCCCAAGGUCAUGGAUAAUAAAGUAGUAUGUGGUUCUCAAAUACAGGGAAAGGACAGGAGGUACAUCCAAUUGAUUAGAGCUAGCAGGUAUCUACUCAUUGUAUUUAAAAUCUCUCUCUACAAGAAAACUGUCCACUAUUAUUAACUUGGCCAACAGUGAAUUUAAAAUAAUCUAUAAAAUAAAAAAUAUCCUCUCAAAUGUUUCCUAAAUACAAGCUAAAAUGUAGUCAUCGGAAAAGUUUGUAAACCUGUGAAUUCAAAACAAGACAAAUGCAAAUAAAGUAAGCUUUCUUCAUGGAUAAACAAAUAAAGGUACUUUGUGGAAGUACAGAUUAUUAUA